CGUGAUGUUCAACAUGGUGGCUCAUUGUAGUCAGGCGCAAGAUCAAUGUUUUUCCCGAUCUCAAAAAACAUCAUCGGCUGAUCACAGCAAGCACAUAACACCGGUAAUACCAGUCAGCAAAUCCGAACUGAACAGGCAGUAGCCCGGUCUCCCAGCUGUUGCACACACAAGUCGUACAAGUCGUAGUCACCAGUUUGCUGCACGAUGGAUGAAGGUCAUCGGUGGUGGAAGGAUGUGCGGCCCUACAGCAUGUAUGUCCUGGUGUUGGUGCUCCUGGCGUACCUCCUCAACCAGCUUGACCGCUACAUGCUGGCCAUCACGGCCAAGCCCAUGGCACAGGAGAUACGCUACGGUGACCAGGCCUGCAUGGUCAACACAACGUUUACGACCGCUGCAGUUGUUGGGGUCAAGUGCAAUGGAACCACAUCUGGAGACUGCACCUCAAUACACAGUCAGAACGGGUCGGCGGUGUGCAAGUGGGACUACAACGGGCAGGGCUACGAGUACCAGCUGGUGGCGGGGCCCGUCUUCAUCCUCAUCUACACCUUCAUGGGCAUCUUCAUCGGCUUCGCCGCCGACAUGUACAACAGGAAGAUCCUCCUGGCUAUCUGCCUCAUCUUCUGGUCCGUGAUGACCCUCCUCACGGGCGCCAUCAAUGAGUACUGGCAGUUGGUCAUACUCCGCUUUGGACUGGGCAUGGGGGAGGCUGGGUGUACCCCUUUUGCUGCGUCUCUACUGACGGACUACUUCUCAGCGUCAGUUCGCGGCCUGGCUCUCGGCGUCUACAACUGGGGCAUCUACAUGGGCUACAGUCUCUCCUACGCUAUCGGCAACUUCAUUACUCUGGCCAACAUCAACGGACAGGGGUGGCGAUGGGCAUUCUACAUCUCCGGCAUCCCGGGACUCAUCCUGGGGGUGCUCAUCAUCAUCACCCUCAAGGAACCAGCCCGUCAUGUCGUUCAGCCAGCGAAUGAACAGGGAGGCCUCAUUCAGUCAGAGAGACCUAGCAUUUUGCAGAAGCUUGGGAAAACACUCAAGCCAUUCCUCAGUCCUUCUCUGAUCAUGCUGUGUGUGGCCGGCUCCAUCAGGAAUGCAGCGGGCUAUGUGUGGGCAUACAAUACUCAGCCCUACUUUGUCAUGAUUGGUCAGACGAAGGAGCAGAUCGGGACCUACAUGUCCUGGAUUCCACUGGUCAGCGGCAGUAUCGGCGUCGUCGUGGGCGGCUUCAUCUCCGACCGUGUGGUGAAGAAGCGGGGACUGUACGCCAGGGUUCUCAUACUUGUGGCUAGCCAGAUUAUAGCAGCUCCAUUUGCUGCAGGGACACUUUUCCUGAACCCCCCUGGUGCCUUUAUCAGUCAGAUACCGACUUACAUUAUUGGAGAGAUGUGGGUGGGUGUGACUCUGGCAGUCCUGGUGGAGCUGGUCCCGAGUAAUGUGAGAGCCGGCGCCGUGGCUGUCUACCUCUUUAUCAUCAGCAACGUCGGGGGCAAUGUCCCUUUACUGGUACCCUACAUACAGUCCAGCUUCGAAGCCAGGGGAUUCACCAAAGUGCAGGCUCUUAGAGGAUCACUGUACAUCUUGUAUCCGGGGCUGUACGUGCUGGGGUCGCUGCUGUUCCUGCUCACCAUGUUCGUAGUAAAGCGAGACCAACGUCGUGUCCAGGGUUACGAAGAACUGGACGGCAACAACUCUGACAAGGAAUCGUAGACAACGAUUAACAUGGGAAUAACCGUGUCAUCGAAUUCUAAGAAUGUGAGAACAUAGCUGUGACAGAUGUAUGCCAACCAUGCUAGCAGUACUAUAGAGGGGAAAUACUUCAUAUUCAGGACCUGCUUCUGAAUAUAGCUAAGAAAGAUUUCAGGUUUAUAGCUGUCUCCACAAAGAAACGUACAGCAAUAUGAAAACACAAUGUAACCUGUACUUGAUUUUUAUAAGCCGCUGUCAUACGGCUGGAGUAUAUUCUACUUGAAAGAAGUUAAAGAACACCUGAUUUUUAAUAUGGCUACAGUUAACCUGUCAUUGCGAUGAAAGACUGACAAUAGUCAUAUCAAACAACGAGUGUUCUUCAUCUUCUUUUGAGUAGUGAUGUACUUGAGUGACACUACAAGGUGACACAUUCUAUGAACUUUUAGAAAUGUUUUAUUUCUUUGAUGUCCUCAAAGUUUUGAUAAUCUUGUUUAUAUGGAUAUUGGUAUCUCAUUUUUAAAAAAUGUAGGCUGUGUUUUUAGGAAAAUUUUAGUGAUAUUCAGCUAAAAAAAAAUUAUAUCAUGAUUUGUUACAUAUAAUUUUAUUGUUAAACUUCUAUGGCACUAGUUACAUGGAUAUGGUUGGAUUCAGAUGAUGCACGUGUGUCUUUCAUUACGUGCUUAUUUCCCUUUGUUCGGGUAAACACUCAUAGAAAUGCUCAUGAAUAGUAGCUGUAUACCAGGAAUGUUUUAUGUUUAUAUAUUUAGAGAUUUAACUGUAUUUUAAUAUGGAUUUCCUUUGUUUUUAGAAGUGUGACUUUCUUGUUUAUAUAUAAUUAUGAAUUAUACUACUCAAAAGAAGUUAAAGAUCACCCAAUACUUUCAUAAUACUUCAGUUAAUCUGGAAUGGCAUGACUUUUGAGUUGUAUGUUUUAAUUGUAAUUUUGUGUACGUGUGUAUUUUAGAUAUACAAGUUGUAUAUAUUUCUGUAUUAUUCCAUACCAUAUUUCAUAACUAAUUAAUCAAAAGGAGUGGGUUAUGGAUCAGCUGACCCCUAUAAAAUUAAAAAAUGGACAAGAAACAGUUAAAAACACUUUUUUAUUGUGCCUAUGUAAUGUUUACAUGUUCAUGAACAAGAAAUUAUGCAUGCAUUUGGUGUAGUAUUAGGUAGAAAGACUAGUUUCACAAACAUUGUUUGAAUAGAUAUAGUUUAUUGUCUUUGUUAAGAAAAAGGGGAACACAAGUGCUGGACACGUCUUCCUCUAACACAACGCAAAAAAUAGACGUCCAAUCAAAUUACUCGGUUCUCCUAUGAUUUAAACAAGCAGCUGUGAUGCCAGUAUACCACGACUUUUGUCUGCCGCCAAAAAUUCAACCAGAAUGUCUUGUAGCUUCCCCCUGUCUAAAUACUCAGGAAACCAUUUUUUUAAAGCCCAAAAUCAUUUAUAACAUUCUUGAAAUUCGUUUGAAUACAUCGAUGACUGGCUUGGAUAUUUUGAAUGUAACUUUGUGCCAAACCCAGGUUCAGAAAAGCAUUUUGAUUGGUUGUUGAUUUGAAGCUCAGGAACGAGAGAAAUUAUGUGCUAAGAUAUAUAUUUAUAUGUAUUUACAUGUAUUUACAUGUAUUUAUAUGAUAGGGGGGCACGGGUGGCCCAGUCGUCUAAGGCGCCG